AUGCUAAAACCUUAUGUGCCAAGGGCACCAUUUCCUCAGAGACUCAGGGGAGGUGAGAAAGAAAAGUCAUACUCAAGAAUUCUAGACAUGUUUGCAUCCCUUAGUGUCAACAUCCCCUUCAUCAAAACUCUCCAACAGAUGCCUACAUACAUCAAGUGCAUAAAAGACCUGCUGACCAAGAAAGGAACUUUGAAAGGGAGACAAACAAUGAUAAUGAAUAAGGAAUCUAGUGCCCUCAUCAAGAAGGACUUACCUCUGAAGAAAAAAGAUCCGGGGAGCUUUCAUAUCCCCUGUGCCAUAGGAGAUACAAGGAUUGACAGAGGAUUCUGUGAUCUAGGAACUAGCAUAAAUGUGAUGCCUCUGUCUCUCAUGAAGAGGUUGCAAAUUAAUGAGCAGAGAUCCACGGAUGCAAUCAUCCAAUUGGCUGAUAAGACUCAAAAGCAAGCUGAGGGAGUAGUUGAGAACGAAUUGGUCAAAGUGGGAAAUUACUUUCUCCCCACUGACUUUUUUGUUCUAGACAUGGAAGAAAGUUACCUCCAUCCCAUCAUUCUGGGGAGACCGUUUCUAGCCACUGCUAGAGCACUCAUAGAUGUGGAACAAGGAGAGUUAAUACUAAGAAUACAUGAUGAACAUCUCACCUUUCAUGUUUUCAAACCUACAUAUGAAUCUGAGCCAGAACCUAAAGAGCCAAAGGAUAAUCACAGCAACAUGUGCUUGGAGGAAAGCCACAGUGAACCGGAAACAGAGCCCCUGAAACAAUCCUUGGUGAAAAAGCAAGAAUUUCAAGAGAAAUGCACACAAGGAGUCACGGCUGAUUGA